AUGCGUGUGUGUUUGCAUAUAAUCGGCUUCCUUUUCGCCGCAAACUUUUACCUCCCGCCGCUCCAAGCUCAGGAUCCCUCCUGUUGCCACCAUGCUGCAGAGUUCUCCCCUUGUAAAGAAGCUUGUGAUCAGCUUGCCACUAUCAAGAGUGAGUCUCGUUUGAAGCAUCUUCUACAGAGGUUGCCAAGUUACUGUCCAGAGUCUAUGAAUGAGCUGUGGGUUUGUAUCAACUCUACACUUCCAGGAGUAUCAAGAAAGUCGGACAGCUGGGCAGGGCUUGGUUGCUGUGAGCUGGCUAUCUCAUCUGAGUGCCGCAGGGAAUGCAGACAGGCAUCAUCCAAAAAUGACCUAACAAAAGUAUGCAAAAAAGUCACUGAGAAUCCUCUACACAGCUGCAUUACCAAAAAUGAAAUGGGCUCCACAUGCUGCAGCUAUGCCGGGCGUCACACCACCUGUAGGGAGUACUGUCAAGCCAUCUUCAGGACUGACUCGACUCCCACCGUGUCUCAAAUCAAUGCCGUCAAAGAGUACUGUCAGAGCCACAGUGCUCAACUCCUCAGUUGCGUCAGCAAUUUCACCAAGUCCUACCCAAUACGCAGUCCUAUAGACAGUCUGUACUGCUGUGACCGAGCAGAGGCUCCACACUGUCAGUCUGCUUGCCGCCGAAUCCUCCGUACCUUGAGCACAGAGCAUGAGAUAAUGGAAGGUUUGAUCGAAGAGUGCGGCUCCCAGCCUCUCCCCCAAGAUCCCAUGUGGCAGUGCUUUCUGGGAAGUGCUCAUCCCCCAUCCCCAACUGAAAAAGAAGUCCCACAUCCUGCCAAAAUGGACUGUGCCAAACUGCACUGCUGCUCCAAGGCCAACACCUCACUCUGCAGGGACAUGUGUCAGGAAAUUAGCACAAAUUGGGGAAGCCAGACAUGGCAAGACUUUGAUCAACUGUGUGAGUACAACCCCGUGGAGACUGAACUGAACAACUGCCUAGCUGAUGUCAGAGAGCCCUGCCAGUUGGGAUGCAAGGAUCUCUCCUACUGCACCAACUUCAACAAUAGGCCUACAGAGCUGUUUCGCAGCUGCAACAUUCAGUCAGACCAAGGAGCUAUGAAUGAUAUCAAGCUGUGGUCCAAUGGAACAAUUAAGAUGCCUUUUAUGAACAUUCCUGUGCUAGACAUCAGGAAGUGUCUGCCGGAUAUGUGGAAGGCAGUUGCAUGCUCUUUGCAGAUCAAACCAUGUCAUAGCAAGUCCAGAGGGAGCGUCAUUUGCAAGUCAGAUUGUUUAGAAAUCCUGACCCAAUGUGGGGACAGAAAACGUUUCCACGAGGGACAAACUCCUGAGGGGAUAUGUGAGCUGCUGUCACCCAUUGAUGACCCUGAACGCUGCAUCCCCCUCCACAGAUACCUCACCCCUAGUUCUCUGGGAAACAGUGUUGUUGAAGAGGUCAUCCAUCCAUGCAACCCUAACCCGUGCCCAAGCAACCACUUAUGCCAGGUGAACAGAAAAGGUUGCCUUUAUGACCUCAACUGUCAGCCAUUCCUCUGUGUGCCAGGGUGUAAACUCGGCGAGGCGUCCGAUUUUUUGGUGCAGCAGGACGCUCGUUUACAGGUGCCGACUCGCACCGGUCCGGCUGGGUGCUAUGAGGUCUGCACUUGUGGUCCCAGUGGACGCCUGGAGAACUGCGUGGAGAUGCCUUGUGUGGAUACCACUAAGUCUUGCCUUGUGGGAGGACAAAAGAGGAAUCACGGGGUAUCUUUCAAGGUUGACUGUGACACCUGCUUCUGCUUUGCUGGCCACCCUAUCUGUUCUGACAGAGAAUGUCUCACCAUUGAAAGCUCAGAUGAAGAUCGUCUACAUUUUACUGGUCUUCCAUGUAACUGUCCAGACCACUUCAUCCCAGUGUGCGCUUCCAACGGCCGCACAUACCCAAGUGCCUGUGUGGCUCGCUGUGUGGGUUUCAAGGACCAUCAGUUUGUGUUUGGCCAGUGCCGUUUAACUAACCCCUGUGCCAGUAAACCAUGCCAGAGAAACCAGAGGUGUAUCCCAAAAUAUCAAGUUUGCCUGAGUGACGUGUCGGACUGCUUGCAGUACGAAUGCGUGGGCCGUCAGAUGGCCUGCGACAAAAACAGUCUGGAGCCCGUCUGCGAUACCGACGGUGUCAUUCACGCUAGUCUGUGUCAGCUCCAGCAAGCAGGGAAAACUCUUGCCUAUAUGGGCCACUGUCAGGAAUCCUGCAAGAGUCGGCAGCAAGUUUGUGGCCAAAACGGCGAGACCUAUAAUACGGUGUGUGAGGCCUACUCGGACCGAGUGGCUAUCGACUAUGAGGGACACUGUCAAGCUGUGGGAGCCACGUCAGGAACGGCAGCCGACUCCGCUUGCAGUCUUGUAUCUUGUCCACAAUUGUCACCUUCGGGCUGCAAGCCUGUCACACCCCCAGGGGCCUGCUGUCCAAUCUGUGCCAGUAUGUUGCAGGUGCUCUGGAACAAAGAACAAAUGAACACUUUCUCAAAGUUAAACAGGAACCAGCCAGUGUCUGUCCAUGACGUCCUUCAAAUCCUGCGACUUCACGUGUCCGUCCCGCAGUGUGAUGUCUUUGGCUACCUCAGUAUUGACCACGAGCUGGUGAUUCUCAUUGCUCCUGUGGAUGAGCACCCAACUUCCCUGCAGAUUGAAGCCUGCAGUAAAGAAGCUGAGAAGAUAGAUUCCCUCAUAAACUACGCCAGUCCAACACUCGUUUCCCACGUACCCCUCUCUGCUCUUGUUGCCUCCGAGACUAAGACAUCUUCCGUCAAUUCAUCCGGAGGAACUCUAUUGCCCUUGCACCCUAUCCUGUGCCUUCUACUGGGUCUGUUUAUAGCUGCAGCCUCGAGCCCCCAACAGCUGUAA